AUGAGAAUAUUUAAAAGUCAUCCAUUAUUAAAAUUGGUUAAUUCAUAUAUAAUCGACUCACCACAACCCGCUAACUUAAGUUAUUUAUGGAACUUCGGUUCUUUAUUAGCGGUUUGUUUAAUAAUACAAAUAGUUACAGGUGUAACUUUAGCUAUGCAUUAUAAUCCGAGUGUUUUAGAAGCCUUUAACUCCGUAGAGCAUAUUAUGCGUGAUGUGAACUUUGGUUGA